GAGCCGGGGGGGGGGCGGGUGGCGGUGCGGGGCUGCGAGCCGGGAGCCGGCCGCUCUCCUCGCCCCGGGGGAGCCGCUUCGGGAGCGGACCGGCGCCGAGUUCCGGUGGGACGGCGGCGGAGCACCUCUUGCGGCCUUCCCUGCCCUCUUCCUUCCCCUUCCCGUCCCCUUUCCCUUCGUUUUUCCCUUCCCGUAUCCCUGCCCGGCUCAGGGGCGCUGUUCAGGCGGUGGGAGAAGCCCCCGCCUCGCAGCCGCUUUGCUCUCUUCUCCCCCCCUUCAGGAGAAGCGGCUGGGUGGGCCAUUAGGGGAACGGUGUGCCCCGAUGCCACCUUAAAAACUGCAUUUCUUGCUGUGACAUUGAACAUUUUGUUGCCAUUCGUAACUAGCUUUAUGCCAAGCACCUGCCCAGCUCCAGGCUUUGCUGCUGUCCAAAGCCUGGAGCCUCCCCCUGCGACGGGACUUGUGUGCUGACACAGUGUUUGGGAGCCUUCCCCUGGGCGUUGAGGACGGGACGUUGCCAGCGUAAAAAUGCUGCGGUAUUGGGGUGAGAUUCCCGUUUCGUCCAACCAGGCCAAUCGCAGCUCCUUCGACUUGCUUCAGCGCGAGUUUCGCACCGUGGAAGUCCAAGACCCUCCGCUGCACCAGCCGUCCGCCAACAAGCCCCGGCCCACCACCAUGCUGGACAUCCCCUCCGAGCCCUGCAGCCUCACCAUCCACACCAUCCAGCUCAUCCAGCACAACAGGCGGCUGCGUAGCCUCAUCGCCAUGGCCCAGGCUCAAAACCAGCAGCAGGCAGAGGGCAUCAAAACCGAAGACAACGAGCCUCUGCCCUCUUGCCCGGCCUCCCCACCUCUCCCCGAUGACCUGCUUCCUCUGGACAGCAAAACCCCCAAAAUGCCGUUUCAGCUGAGGCACAGUGACCCAGAGAGUGAUUUUUACAGAGGAAAAGGGGAGCCCGUGACUGAGCUGAGCUGGUCCUCCUGCCGGCAGCUUCUCUACCAGUCCAUGGCCACCAUCCUGGCUCACACAGGCUUCGAGUGUGCCAAUGAGAGCGUCCUGGAGACCCUGACAGACAUCGCCCACGAGUACUGCUUGAAGUUCACCAAGCUGCUGCGCUUUGCUGUGGAUCGGGAAGCUCGACUCGGGCACACGCCGUUCCCGGAUGUCAUGGAGCAGGUCUUUCACGAAGUGGGCAUUGGCAGCGUGCUCUCGCUGCAGAAGUUCUGGCAGCACCGCAUUAAGGAUUACCACAGCUACAUGCUUCAGGUUAGCAAGCAGCUCUCUGAAGAGUAUGAAAAGAUUGUCAACCCUGAAAAGGCAGCAGAAGACACAAAGCCAGUGAAGAUUAAGGAGGAACCUGUUAGCGAUAUCACUUUCCCCAUAAGUGAGGAACUGGAAGGAGAUCUGGCUUCUGGUGACCAGUCUUUGCCAGUUGGAGUCCUUGGAGCUCAAAGUGAGCGAUUCUCUGCAAACCUGGAAGUAGAAGCUUCCCCACAAACUUCAGGGGCUGAGGUGAAUGCUUCCCCUCUCUGGAACUUGUCACAGGUGAAAAUGGAGCCACAGGAGAACGAAGAGGCCAAUGUACAUGGCCAUGGGGUCCUAGGCAGUGAUGUCUUUGAGGAACCUAUGUCAGGCAUGAGUGAAGCUGGGAUGCCACAGAGCCCCAAUGGCUCUGAGAGCAGCUAUGGUUCUCAUUCUGCUGACAGUCUGAUGGGAUCCUCACCUGUCUUCAACCAGCGCUGCAAGAAAAAGAUGAAGAAGAUGUGAAAAGAAGGGGCGUUUUUAUUUAGUCCCAAUGGAUGUGAAAUGAGCCAACAAAGUACUGUGGUGGCUAUGAUGUAUAAACAGGGCUGGCCCUGGUGUAUGAGAGACCUUGCAUGAAAUUAUUACGAGAGGUUUGAUGUGUACUGCACUUCUCUCCUAUUAGCUGACUUCUGUACUCCAUCCUGGCUCAUGAGGUUGAAGAUCACCAUAUGUGUUUGGUGUCAUGGCUUGCUGUGGCAGAUUAACGAGGAAGUCACCAGAGAUUUAAGUCACAGAAUUGUUGAAUACUUUGGGUUGGAGGAGCCUCUUGAUGUUUUUGGUCCAGCCAAACCAAAUAGAGCAGGUUGCUCAGGGCCUUGUCUAGUUUUGAUUUUCUGCAAGGAUGGCAAGACCAAACUUCUCUAGGCAACAUUUUCCAGUAUUUGACUACCCUCACAGGGGAAAAAAUAUAUAUUACAUCUAGCUGGAAUGGUCAGUGUUUGAUCUUGUGUUCAUUGCCACUCAUUCUGUCACUGUUAAUCUGUGAGUGCAGUCUGUCUAAUCUGUGCAUUAAGUGGUUGUAAACAACAGUGAGGUCUCUUUUUAGCCUUCUCUGUUCUUACGUCUGAAGAAACGAAGCUUCCUUGGCCUCUCCUUGUCCCGUACUAGAGUCCCCUACCCAUCUUAGUGGCCUUCCAACAAAAUUGCUGCAGUGCCCUUCCUUUAAGGGGGAGCACAAAAGUGGAUGCAGUCCGCUAGAUACAGUCUCACAGGCACUGUAUAGGUAGAAAUGAUUUCCCUCAACAUGCUGGUCACACACUUGCUAACUGUUGCAGGCAACAGGAUGAUCUGAAGUUGGGUAAUUUCUCUGCCUCUGGGGAGCCUUCACUUGUGGUGACCUGGCAAAGAUGCUGGAGGGUAGUCACAUGGUACCAUCAGGUAGCUCCUUUAGUGCCUUCAUAUGCAUCCUGUCUGCUCGUGUGGAGCUGUGAAUGUCCAGCUGGCUGAAGUUCUUGUUAACUCAGUCUUCCUCUGCGUAGGUGAUACUUUGCUCCCAUACACUCCUCCUAGUAGACCCCAGGGACCUGGCAGGCCUGAGGGCAGACCUCCCACCUAAGUGGAAGUGUUGAGUGGUGGUAAGUAUGUCAGCCUGAAAGUACAGAGCACUGCCUUUGUUACCAGGCAUCUGCACUGUUGGACAGCAAACCUACAUUUUCUUUAACCUUUCUUUUGCUUCCAGUGCACGUAGAAAAGCCAUUCUUCACAUUUCUUACCAGUGUUGACUCCAGCUGAACUUUGGCUUUCCUAACUGUCUGUGCAUGCCUGGGCUGUGCCUUCGUUUCCCCCCAGCCAGCCCAUCCUCACCUCUACCACUGUGUAGUUUUUUCUGUACAUUUGAGCUCAGUCAGGAUUUCCUUCAUCAUCUGUGCUGGCCUUCUGUCAUGCCUGCUUUACUUUCUGCUCAUCAGAAUGGACUGUUCUACUUUCAGAAAGCAGUCUUUGAAGAUAAGGCAGCACUCUUGGGCUGCUUUGGGAAGCCAGGGCUGUCCCUCAUGAGAUCCUACAAAAACGUUUCUCAAAUAAAACAAAAUAUGUUGUCCUGAAGGUCCAGAGCUCUAUUCACCUUGUACACAUUUCUCAAGAUUGUAAAUGCCACAAUCCCAUGUCUGCUGUAGCCAGGACCUUCAUGUUCUCCAACGAUUCUUCCUUCUAACUAACAAGUCUAGCAGAGCUUCUUCCCUAUUUGAUUUCUUGAUUGUUUAAUCAGGGAAGUUGACAGCCAGCUGUUUAAGGCAGGGUUUUCCAGAGAGUGAAGCAGCAUUUACUGUUGGUAUGAGCCAGUACUGGCAAUGCAAGCUUUUCCUUCACUCUUAUUAAAUUGAGCGUAGGAACUUCAGGCCAGCUGAGGUUUCCUAUUCAAAGUUGCUAUCUUGACAACUUAGUCUGAAACAGAAUCUAUUUUGCUGCUUGCUUUUAUGGCUCAGCUGACUGAUGACAAUUUUUUGUUCUGCACAAUCCUCAGUCGAUCAACUCAGUCUUUAGCUUGAUUCAGUGAGUAUCUCUCAAAAAAGCUAGAAUGAACGUGAAUCAAGAGUGAACAGCCACUUAAACUGGCUUUAUACCUGUAACCCAUUGGGAUGUUUGAGGGAGAUUUACCAGACCUCCCAUUUGUCCUUACAAUUGCAAGUUUAUCUUUUGAAAGAAUGAGCUCCAGGCAUAGUAUUUUUUGUUUCUGUAUAACAUGCCUAGCCUUAAUUCUUUUUUUUCCUAACUGUAUUUCUCUUCUAUUUUAUAGAAGUGGAAGACAAACAUUAAAUUCUUCGAUGUCUAAUAAGAAUGUGUGACUAUAGGCUUUUAUGGACAUUGGAGUUAAAAUUGCCUGUCAGAGUUUUAAAGGCUCCUCCUGGGAGGUAAAUUGUAGCUAUUUGGAGCCUAGUCAGUAGUUGAACAGAGGACCAGUGUAUCAGGAAAUCUCUAUUUUGAUUCCCUUUGAGUCACCAUUAGGGAAGCUGCAAUGUCCCUGUUUCCUCAGCUGUAAAAAGAGAAUAGUAGUAUUUGCCUCUUAGAUGUGUGUUGGAGACUUAUUUUCUUUAAAACAAAACCAAACCACUUUAUUCCUUGAGAGAGUUUUGUGAGAGCUGUGAGCUUUUCUCUCAUUUGGGUCGGACUGUUGCUGCCUGGAGUAUGCUUCGAUGGAUGUUGAAAUAUUAGUGACCUAUAUGAUACUAGUUUUAAGCAAAACUGCUUAUCAGAAAGAAGUACAGCACAGUUGUGCUAUUCAACUGCCAUGAUACAAGGAAGGCAUUUUGGGUGGUGUCCUUUCACUGAGCUUUAGAUAUCUGCAUCUAGAUUUGUUGCUCUGGGCCCCAUCUGCAGCUAAAGAGAAAUAGUCACUUUUAGGUGAGCAUUCAUCUGACCCAGAAGUAGAAGUCUAAAAGAGGUCAGAUGAGUGGUGCUUUACAAGUGUCUGUUUUUCCACUGUGUGCCAACAAAGUGAGUUCAACUUGACUACCUCAGCUGAAGACAUCCACACCAUCAGAAUCUUCAUUAAGUGACCUGACUUUAGCCCUCCCUGUCUGGGAAUGAGAGGAGACUUGGUCCUGCUGGGCAGGUGCUUUUCUUCUACGCGUUCAGUAGUGCUUGCUGCUGAAAUUGCGGUACUGAUCUAAAAGCAGACUGCCCGUCUUACCUACAACAGCAUAUCCAGGGUUCUCCACAACAUACGUGAAGUGCUAGACCUGGGCCUCAGGGUUCAGCCUGGUUUGGCUCCUGUGCCCAUCUUUGAUACCGCGUGAGAACACCUGUAAAUUGGGCCUUGUAGCAGAGAUGCUUUGCCAAGCUGUUGUUGUUAAAUACUUUUGAGUCUGAGACAUCUAAGCGAAGUCCCUUGCACCAUUUUCAGGAGCUAGAGGACAGCGUGGCUGCUGUCGGCAUCACUUGCUCGUUUUCAAGACUUCAGGUGGGCUAAAAAUGAAAAUCUGGUGCUCUCCAGGGCUUUAGUUAAACUUCUUAAGCCUCAGUCUUAAGUGCUUUCUUAAUAUUGCUCAAGUACAGAUGCUCUGUCUUACUUUUAAUCAUGCUUUUGUAUUUCACAUCUCCUUUCCACACCCAUUUCACCCUGUAACACACACUGCAACAAGCCAAGCCUGAGUGCUUCAAGUAUUUAAAUACAGUGGAAAUUCACCCUCUAUUGAUUCAGCUGCGUUGUUGCAAUGUAAGAGAGAUGUGUUAUUGAUUCUCUUUAGGAUGCUUGUUUAUGCAGAGAUUAGAAAUGCAUCAGCAUAGCUUGUACAUUUAAAAAGUGAUUGCAGGGUAAAAUCUGUACCUCCUGUUCACCAUUAUACUGUGUUGCUCCUGGCAUUUGUAUGGUGGACACUUCCUUUUGUGCACGUGGAAGCUUUACCUUCUGGGUGAGCCCUUCGCUUCUGAACAUUUGCAGGCCUUAGAUAUACAGUGGUGUUCAUCAUGCAUGAAAUAGUGAAAUUUCAAGUGUAGCUUACCAGCUCAGAUACAGACAAUGUGCUUUUCUGAUGAAUCAAAUAAGAUUUUACUAGGUGUUGAUGCAGCCUUGGACAGUUAGCGAGGAGUUCAUUGACCAUGUAAUCCCCAAAUUUUAAGCCACACUGAGAUUACGCAAUGGCUUGGAAUGAAGCUGUGCUCUGAGUUGUGUUUUUUUUUUUUUUUUUUUUUUUCUGGUUCCAAGUAAAGUGCUCUGCUGACCCACCUGCUUCAGAAGUUUGUCAUUUUGUUGGUUCUUUCAUCUUUCUGCUUUCCCUUUCCAAAGGUACACAGAUGGCAAAUUGGAAUAUUGAGUGUUGACUGCGUCCAUGUCCAGUGGCAUUGAUGUCUUUAGGGAUUUAUUUUGCCGUGAUUUAAAUUGUUGGGAACUGUGAUAUCAAUUUAGAGAGCAAGAUUUGUGAAUUACUAGGCUUUUGAAGUAUUUUGCAUGGGAAUGAUACAGGAUUAUUGCAGAUGAGAGAAUGCUAUGUAUCAUAUUCCUUUUUCCCUCUAGCAAUACCUUUUUAUUCCUUUUGAAGAGUUUUGCCUGUCAUCCAACAAAGUUCACUGUGUAAACAUCAGCGUGACAACUUUAGUAUACACUUGUAAGUCAGACUGUGCUACCUAGUGAUUUAAUUCCAAGACCAUCCAUACUAAUUUGAAUGUGCAUAAUGCUGUGCAGAAAAAGAUGUUUCCUGCAUAGAAAUUUACAACUGAAAAGGAAAAUAGGGAAAUAAGAUUAGGUAGGGUAGGUGAGGCCAAUCUGAUUAUGUGCUGAAUUCUGAGACUGAUGCACAUGUUAUGUGUGAAGGGUAUUUUUAAGUAAAAUGUUUUUGUACAUGCAUGUGAGUGAAAUAUAUAACUUCGCUUGUGUUUAUAUGGAACAAAAUUGCUGGGAAAUAUUUUUCUCUUCUUUUUUUUUUUUUCUUUUUUUGUUUUCUUCCUUGCUCUCCUGGAGAGAGUUCCUUUGUAAUUUUAAGAAAAUAAAAAAUUCUAAGAAAUAAAAA